GGCCCCUCCCAGUCCUCUUCUUCCUUUCUUAGGGGUCGUUCGAAUCCCUGCCAGCCUCUCCGCUCGCUCUCCCUGCCUCUCGCCACAGCCUCGGUCUUCGCCCUCGGGACUGAAGACCUACCCCACGGGCAGGAGCCAAGUCCGUGCCUUUGGGGUGGGGGUCGGGGCCGCGGAGCUCUGGAGGGACGGGCAAGCGGGGACCCCGUCCCCUUCGACUUGAGGGUUCUCUGGGGCCAGGCGGGCGGCGGUUGCGCCUCGUCUGAGCCGCCUCGGGUAUUGGGCAGCCAGGAAAGGAGUGUCUGAAGGGGAGGGACAGUCGCACUUGGCUGUCAGCAUGGUGGUGGGGAUUCCCUGGCGCCCAGGUGUCAGAAACACGGUGAUCUACCUGUGUAGGUGGCCCAUGAGAGCUUGAGGUGGCAUUUCCUAUUUCUUUUAGGCAGAAUGGGACUUGAACCAGUGUCUUACUUUACGUCUUGUGGGGAUGGAGUGAGCACUGAGCCCAGAUAUUUGCCCGCGUUGGCUCACGGAAAUCUCUUGAGACCCUGUCUCAAGAGUCACUUUGGGAACGAUGUGGCAGAAGGGAGACCUGAGCAAUUGGCUCGGCAAGUGGAGGAGGCUUCCAAAAGAAAAGGACAAGCCCCAGCUGGCUUGAAUCUCUCUGCCAGUGAAGACAGCUUAAGAUAAUUUUUCCCUGCUGCUUAGUUUCCUGGAUCAUCCACCUGGGGCAGGGGGCGAGCUUGAGAACCAGUCCCUCCUAUGCCUAUUCAGCCAAGGCAAAGCCUAGCCCAGAGCAAAAGUAUCAGCCACCAGACUGGAGAUGUUGGGAUCUUCAGUCAGGGGAACAGCCACUUUUCAAACUCUGAAUCACUUUCCAUGUUACUGAUAUUUGCUUACAUGCUAAGAUUGUAAGGAAUCAGGCAAUGCCUUAAAUGGUACCUACAAUUUCUGAUAUAUUAAGGUUCAUUCAGUAUUUGACUCUGACACCUGUGACCAUAUCCUAAAGUAAUGGGACAUUCGGGUAUUUCCUAUGUUGAAAACCGUCACAUCUGUUUAGUGCCUUUUUUUUUUUUUUGCAUGCAACUGGUUAAAAUCGAAGUAUAUCUUAUGUUGGUAUAUGAAAGAGGCCUAGGUCCUAUCACAGGGGUGCCUGUGACCUUCCUUGAGUGUCUCACAGAGUUGUUAGAAUUGGGCCUGAGUUUAAAUCCCUACUUUGUCACCUACUCGUUUAGGGAUUAAAAAAAAUUCCUCAAGCUUUCUGGGCUUGAAUUUCCUCAAAGGUAAAAUGGAACUAAUAAUACCUAUCUCACAGGUUUUUGGAAGGCUUAAAUGAGGUAAUGUGUAUAAAGUGCGUGGUCCAUGGAGAGUAAUCAAUAAAUAAUAUAGCAAAUAUUUAAUGUAGUGGUUUUAGCAUGUUACAAGGCAAUGUUUCAGGCACUUUACAUGAUCCUAUGAGAUAGAUACUAUUGUCAUCUUUAAAACAAGCCUAUGAGAUAGAUGCUAUUAGUAGGCACAAUAUAUAGAUGUGGAAAUUGAGAUAUAGAAAGGCAAAGCUUGCCCAAAUUUACAUGGCUGGUAGAUGGUGGAGCCAGGAUUAGAACCCAGGCAGCAAGUGAAUAGCUAGUUUCUAUAUCCCUGGUUUCUUGCGUCUUGUUGGUUUUGGGAGACUGAUGAAGCAUAGUGAUGUAGAGAUACUAGAAACUUAGACCGAAGUACCAGUUCUGCUAUAUACUAGCAGGGUGACACUGAGAAAGUGAGCCUUAGUUUCCUCAUCUGUAAAAUGGUGGUUUUACCUACCCAACUGUGAACUAUGUGGCACUAUAAAAAUGUUGGGAUUGACACAUUUGAGCAUGUACUGGGGGCCCUGUCCUAGAUGUGGGUAAAAUCUGUUGUGAAGCCUGAGGUCUUAUACAUACUGUGCAGUGCAAGCACCCAUAAUAGGAAUGUCAAACACUGCUAGUGAGGUAGAAGGCAUAGGCAAAAUGGCGGAAAUUCCAUCCUCUUUAUCACCCAAUCUAUCCCCCACCCUCAGCGAGCACUUUUAAUAAAAUAAUAUGUACCAUAUUGGUAUUGUUUCCCAAACUUCGGUACUGUCACAUAUGCAAGAUAAUUUGAUAAGCAAAUGAACAUUAAAAAAUUCUCCCCAAAUUUUCACACACAUACAUAUUUGAAUGAAACAAGUUCAUUUAAUUUAAAUUAGGAGAGAAACUUAACAUCUCAAAACUGAUUUCACAGAUAUUAUUGCUAAAAAAUAAAGGGCAAGAAAAGUAAGUCAAUUCAAAUACCAAUAUUAGGUAAAUAGUACAGGUGGAUGAAGAUAAUUCUGAAAGUGGUACUUGGAUGACUGAAGACUGGGAAGUUAUGAACUAAAAUAAAUAUGAGUGCUUUUGCCGCCAGUAUAAAAUGUUUUUAUCUUAAAAGUGGCAUUUGUGAAAGCAUUUGGUUAGAACGUAUAUACAAAAUCCACUUAUAUGUUGGGCUUUGUUUAUUACCUUUUGAGAGAUAACUUCCUGAGACAUUGAGCCCGUAGUCAUUACCCCUACAAGGUUCUGAAGAAGAGGGGUGUCUUGUUAUCUUGGGUCCAGGAACUUGCUAACCACUACUAUAGUAGUUUGGCAUUGUGGGAAUUUAUUUUCCUCAGCCUUUACAUAAAAGUUUACCCAUAUUUACCUAGAUUCUAGCUUGUGCUUUUUCCUCCAACAGUUGCUGAUGGGGAGAGGAAAAAAUAGCCACUAUUCAGGUUCCCUAUGAGUUAACUGCUGCUGUACAAAGGCAGGUGUAAUAUUUUCUCUGUAUUAAAGGUCUUCUCUGUUGGUUGAAAUGUCUAUGAUUUUAUCUGCCUCAGUCAUUCGUGUCAGAGAUGGACUGCCACUUUCUGCUUCUACUGAUUAUGAACAAAGCACAGGAAUGCAGGAGUGCAGAAAGUAUUUUAAAAUGCUUUCGAGGAAACUUGCUCAACUUCCUGAUAGAUGUACACUGAAAACUGGACAUUAUAACAUUAAUUUUAUUAGCUCUCUGGGAGUGAGCUACAUGAUGUUGUGCACUGAAAAUUACCCAAAUGUUCUCGCCUUCUCUUUCCUGGAUGAGCUUCAGAAGGAGUUCAUUACUACUUAUAACAUGAUGAAGACAAAUACUGCUGUCAGACCAUACUGUUUCAUUGAAUUUGAUAACUUCAUUCAGAGGACCAAGCAGCGAUAUAAUAAUCCCAGGUCUCUUUCAACAAAGAUAAAUCUUUCUGACAUGCAGACGGAAAUCAAGCUGAGGCCUCCUUAUCAAAUUUCCAUGUGCGAACUGGGGUCAGCCAAUGGAGUCACAUCAGCAUUUUCUGUUGACUGUAAAGGUGCUGGUAAGAUUUCUUCUGCUCACCAGCGACUGGAACCAGCAACUCUGUCAGGGAUUGUAGGAUUUAUCCUUAGUCUUUUAUGUGGAGCUCUGAAUUUAAUUCGAGGCUUUCAUGCUAUAGAAAGUCUCCUGCAGAGUGAUGGCGAUGAUUUUAAUUACAUCAUUGCAUUUUUCCUUGGAACAGCAGCCUGCCUUUACCAGUGUUAUUUACUUGUCUACUACACCGGCUGGCGGAAUGUCAAAUCUUUUUUGACUUUUGGCUUAAUCUGUCUAUGCAACAUGUAUCUCUAUGAACUGCGCAACCUCUGGCAGCUUUUCUUUCAUGUGACUGUGGGAGCAUUUGUUACACUACAGAUCUGGCUAAGGCAAGCCCAGGGCAAGGCUCCCGAUUAUGAUGUCUGACACCAUCCUUCAGAUCUAUUGCCUUGGCUUCAGGGGGAUAAGGAGGGAACAUAUCAUAACUGCCACUGUGAUGAAGAAGCUGUUCCCCACAGAGGAGAAGCUCUGCUUUCUUUCUCUCCAACUUUCCUUUUUUAAAAUCAGCAUGAUGUGCCUGUGAGCAUGGAAGACCUGCUAGGAAAAGUCCUCUCAGAAGAAUGUUGGCUAUGAGAUUAUCAUUCAGAGGAGGAGGGGAUUUCUCUCUUCAAGGCCAUAACAGUGGAAGAACAGUCAUAUGCCAUUGGAAGUCUUGGCCAGCAGUCCUGAAUCCUUCCUGAAGAGUUCAGAAAAUAGAUGUGGUAUUGCUCUGAGGACCAGGCAGGAGGAACUCUACAACCUGAGUUUGCCUUUGUGAGGCAUUAGUAUAGACCAAAUAAAAAGCUGCAGAAAUUGGAAAGUUUAUGUUUUAAAUAAAUGACUGUGAUAAAUAUCA